ACACUUACUUACAAAAAUGAACACCAAUCAGCCAGCUACAAAAAGGCCUCAGUUAAGCCAUUUUGAGAACUUUGCAAGCAUGGAGGCAGGGAGAGCUAGAGGCAGAGGAAGAGGAAGAGGAAGAGGAAGAGGAGGACAGAGAGAGAGAGGACGACAGAGAGAGAGAGGAGGAGGACGUGGUCAAAGAGGCCACACAAGAACCAUUAUUUCGGAUGACAUAAGAGCAACUUUGGUGGACCAAGUCAUAAACCAUGGCCUGACAAUGAGGGAAGCUGGGCAGAGAGUCCAUCCUAAUCUAAGCCGCUUCACAGUUUCAUCCAUAUUAAGGACAUUCCGACUGGAAAACAGAAUGGCUAGAAGACCUGCUGGGGGUGGACGCCAACGCCUGUUCACCCAACAGCAGGAACUUGCCAUAGUGAACCUAGUCAGAGCAAACAAUGCAAUCCGUCUCCACCAGCUACAGCAACAAAUACUUGCAGAUAGGCAAGUAUUCAACAACAUAAAUCGAGUAAGCAUUACAACUAUCAGACGGAUCUUGGUAAAGCACAACAUGACCAUGAAGCAACUGUACAGGGUCCCAUUUGAGAGGAACAGUGUCAGGGUCAAAGAACUUCGACAUGAAUAUGUACAGAGAAUCUUGGACAUGGAUGGAGCUGCCCAGCCGCAUGAAUGCAUUUACAUUGACGAGGCUGGAUUCAACCUUAGCAAAAACAGACGACGGGGACGUAAUAUAAUUGGCCAAAGGGCAAUUUUGCACGUCCCGGGGCAGCGCGGGGGAAAUAUCACAUUGUGUGCUGCCAUAAGUCUUCGAGGGCUACUGCACCAUCAUGCCAAACUGGGUCCCUAUAAUGCGCAACACAUAAUCACAUUUCUAGAUGCACUUCAUGAUGCAGUUGUACAGGAUGGACCAGAGCAGCCCAGGUUUGUUGUUGUCUGGGAUAAUGUUAGUUUCCAUCGGGCUGCUCUGGUCCAGAACUGGUUCACCAACCAUGAUCAAUUUGAAGUUCUGUACUUGCCCCCUUACUCGCCAUUUUUAAAUCCUAUAGAGGAAUUUUUUUCCGCUUUGAGAUGGCGCGUAUAUGACCGCCAACCACAUGCCCGUAUGCCUCUUCUGCAGGCGAUGGAACAGGCCUGCGGAGACAUUGAGGUGAGGUCAAUCCAGGGAUGGAUUCGGCACACAAGGGGAUAUUUUCCCCGAUGCCCCGAAGCAAGAGAAGACAUUGCUUGUGAUGUUGAUGAGAUCCUGUGGCCAGACCCCAACAGACGGCAGGAUCCAUAA